AUGACCGAAGUGUGUGUCCGGGUGGCGGUUCGUGUACGUCCCCUGCUCCCCAAAGAGCUCCUCCACCACCAUGAGGCGUGUGUUCGGGUUGUGCCCGGUUCUGCUCAGGUAAUGUUCGGUUCGGACCGCCUCUUCUCUUUCGACCACGCGUUCGGACCGACCGCCACCCAGGAUGAGGUGUACGAGUCGGGUGUCCGGCCCCUGGUGGAGUCCCUGGUGGACGGAUACAACGCCACCGUCUUCUGCUAUGGACAGACUGGAUCUGGCAAGACGUACACACUGGGAGGGGAGAACCAGGGUGAAGAGGGAGGAAUUAUUGAUCGUGUGGCCCAGGAUGUGUUCUUGUUGCUGGAGAAGAGGAGGAGUGAUGGUGUGAAGGCCACAGUGCAGGUCUCAUAUAUGGAGCUGCACAAGGAGGAACUACGAGAUCUGCUGGAGCUGCAAACCCUUCACAAAGAGCUUCACAUCAGAGAGGACGAAAAGGGAAACACGGUGGUGGUGGGAGCCAGAGAGAUGAUCAUCGCUUCAGCCGAGGAACUGCUCAGCAUUUUUGAGAUGGGAAACACCCUGCGACACACCAGUACGACAGGAAUGAAUGAUCACUCAAGUCGUUCCCAUGCCAUCCUCACCCUUCAGGUCAACAUCUGUUGCCACGGCAACAACGGCCCCUCUUUAAAGUCUGCCCAGUCCUCCAAACUCUGUCUGGUUGACUUAGCCGGCUCGGAACGUGCUGGGAAAACUGGAAACACUGGGACACGACUCAAAGAGUCUGUUCAUAUCAACACGGGACUGCUCGCACUUGGAAAUGUCAUCCGUGCCCUCUCUGACCAUAGCAGAAAUCGCCGCAUCAACAGGUGCAGCAGUGUGCAUAUACCGUAUCGUGAUGCCAAGAUUACCCGUCUCCUUCGUGAUUCUCUGGGAGGAAACACCCACACACUGAUGGUGGCAUGUGUCAGUCCCUCCCACCACUCGGUUGCAGAAACUCUGAGCGUCCUUCAGUUUGCUACAAAGGCUCGUCAUGUCCAUAACUGUCCAGGAGCAGUAUCUACUCAUACAGUGGUCAAAUCGUGCCCUAAUGCCUGGAACCCUGCUGAAGCUCGACUCCAGGAGCUGGAGUAUGAAGUGAAGACGCUGAGAGAACUUCUGAAAGACAAGGAGAAGGACAUAGAGGUGGAAAGGGAGAAGGCAGGUGUUAGAGGUGGAGAGGGGGAAGGUUUCAGACCGUCCAGUCAGAUCAGUGUUUCAAAACCAGAUCAGAAGGUGAACCAGUAUUGCCUCUUGGUUCAGGAAGCUGCAGCUUUGCUUGCAAAUAUGGCUGGCCCUUCUCCAAGCCCUUCAUUGAAGCAGCGACUACAAGACUGGCAGCAGAGACUGACAGAUGUCAGUCAGUCCCAUCAUAUGAAUGAUAAAAUCUGUUCUGAGGAGUUUAAAGACCAGACACACCAUUUAACCCUUUUAAAGCUUAGAGAAGAACUCAACAAAUGUCAGGAUGUGCUCAGUAUAAAAGAGCAACAAUUAGAAGAGAAGGAUGCAGAACUCAAACAGAUCCAAAAAGAAGUUGAGAAACUUCUCCAAGAGAGAAGAACCCAACUUUUAGCCUUAGAAGAAGAAAAGGAAAAAACUCGAAUACAGACGGAGCAGCUGGUGAAUCAACAGAUUCUGAUUGAUCGCCUUCGCAGACUCACAGCCUCCACAACCUCACGGGAAACAGAAGCAAAGACUUCUGGGUACUUGUACAACAGACCUCACAGUGUCCCUCUGAUCAGACACAGCGGUGUGCACAGAGCUUCUAGGAAGAUUCACUCCAGUCCUCCUGCCUAUUCAUUGGAGAGGGUCAUGGCAGCUUUCAAGAUGCGUGGCCACCUCCUGCUGGCUGAGAUUGAGGAGAAGGACAAAGUCUACUGUCCGUUUAUUAAGGAGCAGGCAGAAAGUAAUGAACCCAGUCUAGAGAAGGGUGAAGAGGAGGAGGAGGAGGAGGACAGUGUUAUGGGCAGGAGCAAAUUUAGACGUUCCUUGAAUCGAACAUGGACCAGCCGUCAGAACAAAUUACCUCUGAAAGACAAAAGCACUUCACUUGCUCAGAUACAUGAUGCAAACGCAGAAGUACAACAGCGAACCAUAGAUUCCAUGGAAAAUCAACCAAAUCAGAGGCAGGUGAAGAAGGUUAGAAGAGCCAGUGCCACCGCAAGAAGAAUCCACGAGCUGACAGUGAACAUGCGCAUGAAGGAGGAGCUCAUCAAAGAACUUGACAGAACUGAAAGGGAAGCUGAAGCAGUGGACCGAUGUGGCCGGCUCACUGGGGAAACGGACUUGCUGGUACAUCUUUCCACACAGAGCCGACAAGUUCGAGCAGAGGCGUACUCCAGUCUGCAGCACAUGAGGCUGCAGAGAGCGCAGCUUCAGAGUAACCUGAGGCAGCUGGAGGAAAUCAGAGACAGCAACAGAAAAAAACACCAACAGAGGGAGCAAAGUGCAGAGAUUUCACCUGUUGUCAGAACUCACCAGGGAGAGUCGAACAAAAUGUGGUUGUGGAAGCAGCAGUUUACAGUCCCCUAA